GCGGGCGAUGAGUUGAGCAGGGGGAGUUUCCCGAAUGGGUUUGUGUUUGGAACGGCUUCUUCUGCGUAUCAGUAUGAGGGAGCAGUAAAUGAGGAUGGAAGAGGGCCGACAGUUUGGGAUAAGUUUGCCCAUUCAUUUGGUAAGAUCAUAGAUUUCAGCAAUGCUGAUGUUGCUGUUGAUCAGUAUCACAGAUAUGAGGCAUCAAACCAUAUGUUACACUUUUCCAUUGGGACCUUCCUCAAGCCUUAGAAGACAGAUACAGUGGCUGGCUUAGUCACCAAAUAAUAAAUGAUUUUGCACAUUAUGCCGAGACAUGCUUCAAUGCAUUUGGAGAUAGGGUUGACCACUGGAUAACCUUCAACGAACCUCACACUUUGGCAAUCCAAGGCUAUGAUGUUGGGCUGCAAGCCCCAGGUCACUGUUCCAUUCUCCUUCGCCUUCUCUGUCGAGGGGGGAACUCGAGGACCGAACCUUAUAUUGUUGCCCAUAAUAUCCUCCUAUCUCAUUCUACCGUUGUCAACAUAUAUAAGAGAAAAUAUAAGGCGGUGCAGAAGGGCUCAAUUGGGAUAGCAUUUGAUAUUAUGUGGUACGAGCCUGUUUCAAAUUCUCCUAAAGACAUUGCUGCUACUCAAAGAGCGCUAGAUUUUCAUCUUGGAUGGUUCUUAGAUCCAUUUUUCUUUGGGAAUUAUCCAAGCUCAAUGAGAGAACGAGUUGGAACUAGAUUACCAACCUUUUCACCUGACGAUGUCGCGCUAGUUAAGGGUUCCUUGGAUUUUGUUGGCAUAAAUCACUACACGACAUAUUACGCCAUGGAAAAUUCAACAAACUUCAUCGGAGUUUUAUUCAACGAUGCACUGGCGGAUUCUGGCACCAUUAAUUUGCCUUUCAGGGGUUUACAUGCCAUUGGAGAUAAGGCCUCUUCCAUAUGGCUUUAUAUUGUUCCUAAUGGUCUGAGAAGUCUAAUGAACUACAUCAAACGCAAUUAUGGAAAUCCCCCAGUUAUUAUCACUGAGAAUGGGAUGGAUGAUUCAAACAACCCACUUAUCUCUAUCGAUGAUGCUCUGAAGGAUGAUAAGAGAAUCAGAUAUCAUUCUGAGUAUCUCGGAAACUUGUCUGCUGCUAUCAGGGACGACGGCUGCGAUGUUCGCGGAUAUUUCGUGUGGUCUCUUUUGGAUAAUUGGGAGUGGGCAGCAGGCUACACAUCUAGAUUUGGAUUGUAUUAUGUUGAUUAUAAAGAUAGCCUCAAGAGAUAUCCGAAGAAGUCUGUACAAUGGUUCAGAAAACUCCUGAGCUCUGCCUGAUCCGAGCCUCUGCUGAUACAAACUAGUCUUUGUUACAUGUUUCAGUGGCAUGCUAAUGUAAAUUUGAAUAUUUAUUUCAUUUCUGUUAGAAUAAUAAUUUGAAUUGGCACAGCAAUUAGUUUUUGCAUAAUUGUUUAAGAGGGAUUUACAUCCAUAC